AUGUCUCCAGUGAACAUCAUGGCUCAGGCAGGGCAGCGGGAUAUUGGGCUGGGAAGGCGCGCGGCGAAGGCACCUGUUUUCCGUUUGUUCGUUCGCUCGCGCUGGGAGAUAAGCAGGCGUCGGAGCCGCCGUGCUGACAGGAAGCGGGAGGGGGGGUCUCUGCGGGACCAGCACGAUGUGCCACAACGCUGCAUUGAGCCCUCUGCAAACAGCCAGGGACCCAGGCGGGCGUCAGCCAAGAGUCUGUGGCUCCGUAUGGGACUCGACACCACAGAGAUGGAGCCUGAGAUGAGCACCUAUGGCCCCUUCUAUCCCCCUUGCAGCAUGGAGGCUGGGGACCCUGUCAGCACGCAGGGGCCGUAUGCUGCCCUGGGCCAGCCCUGCUGGGGCCCUGAGGGGAACCAAGGCCAGCUGCCCAGGGCAGCGGGGGGCCCCUAUGGGCUUUGGCCCCAGAGGAAAGAGCCAGCCCACCGCAGGCUGGACCCCUUUGCCCAAGCCUUCCCCAACCUGCCUUUUGGGAAGCCGUGGGUGCUGGGGACUCAGGCAUCCAGAAGCCAAGGCUGCAGCCUGCAGGAGAUAAUGGCCCAGCCGCCUCCUAUUGCCCCACAGGAGGGAUACCCCCUUGGCAGCCCUCUGCUGCUGCAACUCCCUGGAGACCAGAUGGAGGGGUCAGGGCCUCCUCUGUCCUACUGCAGCCUCCCAGAGAGGCAGGGGCAGGGCGGAGGUGGAUACGGGCAGCAGCGCAAGGAGCCCCCGCUUUCGUGUCUAUACCAAGAGAACCAGUCUGCUAGCUACAGCCCUCCAGAAGGCUACCCGGGUCCUGCUCCCCCGGGGCUUGCAGGCCCUGAGACGUAUGCUGGGCUCCUGGGCCCCCCUGACUGGCCUCCUGAUGCCGCCCCCAGCCUCUGCUGCUACCAGGACACUGAGCGCUACUGCAAGGGGCUGGAGUUUCUCCCUGCUGGUUUUGCCCCCUGGCCAGGGGUCUCCCCUGGGGAGCCGGGUUCAGAGGUCACUGCUGCCAGGCUGGGUCAUGAGCAGAGUCCCCCACCGGCAGGCCGCACUGCCACCCCCCAGGUUUCUGGGAGCUCCCUGGCCUCCAGUUAUCGAGGCACUCCUUAUUGGAGCCGGAUGCACUGGGCCAGGGGCCCCCUGCACUACACACCACCCCCUAUGCUCAACCCGCUGCGCCGAGGCACAGGGCUGUUUGCUGAGCUGGGUGCCUUGCUGGGUGGCGGCAGGCCCGACCCCCUCCAGCACCUGGACACCCCACAGAUAAAUGUGGGCCCUGCAUUCCAGCCGGCACUGCCGGCUCUGCAGGACCCACACCUGGCUCAGCUGGACCCCCCAAAGGCUGAACUGGCUUGGAGGCCCUGGCCAGGGCUGGAGCAGGAUGCAGAGACCCAGUGCCAAGUGGAGACACUGCUGGACGUGGCUUGCUCCAGUGCCCUCCCCGGGGGUGGCACCAACCAGGAGCUGGCACUGCACUGCCUGUGCCAGGCUGGCGGGAAUGUCAUGGUUGCCUUGGAAACUCUGUUGCUGCAAACCCCCGUGUGGCCCAAAUGUCACCCUCUGGCCAGUUACCAUUACACAGGCAGUGAUGUGUGGAGUGCCCACGAGCGCCGCCUCUUCUCCAAAGCCUUCGCCCUGCACAGGAAGGACUUUGCCCAGAUCCAACGUGCGGUGCUCUCUAAGCGGCUGGCCCAGUGUGUGGAGUUCUAUUAUCUGCACAAGAGCCGGCUGCGGCGCAGUCACAAACGAAGUGGUGCCGGGUCAGAGACGGGCGCCAUCGUGGGCAGGGCCGGCCCCGGGCAGCCCCCACCUACCCCAGAGCUUCCUCAGGACUCGCCCCCCGGCUCCAGCUUCCCCUGCAAACGUUGCGGCAAGACGUUCUACAAGAUCAAGAGCAGAAAUGCCCACAUGAAGAUCCAUCGGCAGCAGGAUGACUGGGGUGGGCAGGGGGGGAUGCUGGGACCUGGCACUCUCCCUGCCCCUCAUGCAGGGUGCCCUCCCUGGCCCAACACAGAGCCAGCCGAGCCCGUUGCUGAGGCCCUGGCCUGCCCUGGGCUGGGGCUGCUCUAUGGGAGGGACAUGGAGCAGCUCUUCAUGUGAUUGGGGGCAGGACCCCUCCCUUGGCCUGGCAUGGAGAGCCCCACCUUCCAAGAGUUUGCCCCACUGGGGGCCAAGGGGCUGUGGUCUCCCCAUGGGGAGCACAAGGUUACAGGAGCCCCCUGCCAUGAGGGCAGGACCUGCCCCUACAAGAGACUCCAUCCAGGCUCAGCCUGGCCUCUGCACUGCCCCCUAUGCCUGGGCAGCUCUGA